AACAACCUUCGACCCUUCCUGCAAUAACCCCAAACGUUCUCGGUAUCCAAUAACGUCCUUGAAUGCAGCGAGGGCGCAACCACGCUGUCGUUUGGUUGGUGAGUUUGACAAACAGCACGCCCACUUUUUCUCCUGCGCCAAUCAAACACAUCUGUGGAGUAGACGGGGCCUGAACUCAUGCUGCGUUGAGACUCGCUGUCAAAGUGUCAUUUUCAAGUCUCCCGUGUUAUUAGAAUCCGUGGCCACCAAUGUUUCGUAUGUUCUGUGACCGAAUUCUGCUCUGCAGCCCUUGUCCCCAACUCACCACGGCUCUUAGACAGGCGCACACCCUUUCGAUCGCCCAGGGUUUACUUCGGUCCCAAGCAUAUGUUGACGGUCGCUGGGUAUCGGCCCCCCGAUCCUUUCCAGUACUCGACCCAGCCACUGGAGAGGAGCUAGCCAAGGUAGCGGACUGUGGAGCAAGUGAGGCCGGCGAGGCGAUCAGAGCUGCUGGCUCGGCGUUUCAGACGUGGAAGGAGCGCUCUGGUAAGGAAAGGGGACAACUUCUUCGAAAAUGGUACGAUUUGAUGAUGCAAAACAAAGACGACCUCGCCAAGUUAAUAACAGCAGAAUGCGGAAAACCUCUUAAAGAAGCACAAGGUGAAAUCCUGUAUGCUGCCGCUUUUUUGGAGUGGUUUUCUGAGGAAUCUCGAAGAAUUUAUGGUGACAUUAUACCGUCCACCGCAAGGGACAGAAGAAUAGUUGUACUUAAGCAGCCCGUGGGAGUCGCAUCGAUAAUAACACCAUGGAAUUUUCCCAGUGCAAUGAUCACACGGAAGGUGGGAGCAGCCCUGGCAGCAGGAUGCACUGUAGUGGUGAAGCCGGCUGAGGACACGCCGUUGUCUGCUCUUGCUCUGGCUGAGGUGGCUUCUCAAGCAGGAAUCCCUCAGGGAGUCUAUAAUGUGGUUCCUUGUUCAAGAGAAAGAGCCCCCGCUGUCGGAGAGGUAUUAUGUACUGACCCGAGAGUUCGAAAAAUAUCAUUUACGGGGUCCACUGCUACAGGAAAGGUAUUGUUGAAAUACGCCGCUGGAACAGUAAAGAGGGUCUCAAUGGAGCUGGGCGGACAUGCGCCAUUCAUCGUGUUUGACAGUGCGGACGUUGACAAGGCUGUCGCCGGGGCGAUGGGCAGCAAAUUCAGAAAUUCUGGCCAGACUUGUGUUUGUGCAAACCGUUUCUUGGUUCAGAAGGGAAUCCAUGAUAUAUUUGUAAAGAAGUUAUCAGAGGCCAUGGAGAGAGAGCUCCACAUCGGACAUGGCUUUGAAGAAAAGACUACACAAGGGCCGUUAAUCAAUGAGAGAGCAGUGGAGAAGGUGGAGAAGCAGAUUGCCGAAGCCAUUUCUCAUGGCGCCCGUGUAGUGAAGGGAGGUAAACGCCUGAAAGGAUCAUUCAUGGAACCAACUCUCCUAUCAAACGUCACCAAGGACAUGCUCUGUGCUCGGGAGGAGACCUUCGGACCCCUCGCACCAGUAAUUAAGUUUGAAACUGAAGAAGAGGCCCUGACCAUUGCCAAUUCUGCCCCUGUGGGUCUAGCAGGGUACUUCUAUUCCAGAGACCUAGCUCAAAUCUGGCGUGUAGCCGAACAGCUUGAGGUUGGAAUGGUUGGAGCAAAUGAAGGACUGCUGUCAGCUGUGGAGGCCCCGUUUGGUGGUGUUAAGGAGUCUGGUUUGGGAAGAGAGGGGUCUAAAUAUGGCAUUGAUGAAUACCUGGAGAUUAAGUACAUGUGCUUCGGCGGCCUGUAGAAUCGAGAACACACAUAGAUGUUCGUCCAGUUGUUCGUCCAUUUGCUAAACUAGAUGUUAGGAGUCAAAUGGUGCCAUACAAUACAAUUUAUUUUUUUGUAUAGCUCAAAAUCACACAAGAAGUGCCAGAAUGGGCUUUAACAGGCCCUGCCUCU